CAUUUCUCUCUUCCAUUCAGUGUGACAACAAUUACCCAAGCUGCACACUUGUCUCCGACUCACUCUCACAUUAACCAUGGCACAUCAGUCCACACCGAUCGCAUUAUUUAUCUUGUUUUUAGCACUAUUAUGGCCUGCAUGCUUGGCCGAAAUGAUCAAAGGAUCUGUGCCAUUAAAUUCCGGCGUUUUUGAUAAGGUUAUCAGUAAACACAAAGCAGUUUUGGUGAAAUUUGAUGAAACUUAUCCUUAUGGUGAAAAACAAGAGCAGUUUAAAAAGGUUGCUCAGUCAUCUUACGUACAACCAGAAUUACUAAUUGCUGAAGUUCAAAUUGCUGAUUAUGGUGAACAAGAAAAUAUGGACCUUGCUACCCGGUUUAAUGUCAAAAAAGAAGAUUUCCCUGUUUAUAAACUGUUUCUGCAGGAUAAGAAAGAACCAAUCGCUUAUACAGGAAACGUGAAAGAUUCUGCAGCAAUAAAAAGAUUUGUUAUGAAAAAUACAGAUCUCUGGCUAGGAAUGCCAGGCUGUUUAGAAGACUAUGAUGUUCUUGUGAAGAAAUUUGCCCGUGCUUCAUCUGAAGAGAGACAAGCAAUUCUUGCCGAAGCUGAAGAAAUUAAAAAUAAGUAUAGAAAUGAUGUGCAGAAAUCCUACGCUACAAUCUAUGUAAAAACAAUGAAAAAAAUAAUGGAAAAGGACGAUUUCUUGGCAUCAGAAAUGAAACGAGUAGAGAAAUUAAAAGACGGAAAAGUAAGUGACAAAAAGAAGGAACAGCUUAGUGAUAGAUUAAACAUUCUUAAUUCCUUCCAUGUAAAAUUCCAAGAUGAACUAUAACAGGUCCCAGUUGUUUUAAUCAUUAUUACUUUUUUUUUUUCUGAAAUACUAUUCAUAUACAUGAUUAAUAUAUUUCCAUAUCAAUAAACAUCAUUCCUCUUUAUAUUUCUUUUUAGAGAAAAACAAACAAAAUGUGUAAAACAAGACUUUUAUUUCAUGUUACACCUCUUGGAGAAUGUUAUUUCUUUCUGUUUCAAAAGGUUUUUUUUUUUACAAAUUUGUUGUAAGCAUUUAGAUUAAAUAGCAUUAAUUUAAGACUUGGUACUAAGUGCAUUUAAGUUUGGAAUGUAGCAAAGUGUAAAUGCCCCUAAUGCUGCUGAGUAUUUUAAUCUUGUGUUUCAGAAGUUUCUGUAUUUCUUUUUAGAUGCUCUGUGUUUCUUCCAAUUACUUUAGAUAUAACAAAGAAUUUAAUAAAAUAACUUAGUUAUCAUUCAGCUAGUGUUAGGAACAUAAAUUGUAAC